AUGUUCCCACAAGUAUUUGCUGUAAUUACAUACAACACGUGGAUAGCAGUGCUGGUUUUGAUUGUCAAUUCCGUGUCAACUCUCACCCUCUGUUUCUCGGACCAAAUAAUCAUCAUGGGAAGUUUAGCACUAGGAAAUUACUUUAAGAUAUUCAACGAGCGCAUGAAAACACACAAAGGCAAGAAAUUGACACCGGAUCAAUGGAAGACAUUGCGAGUGGACUACACGCGGUUGUGCAAUUUGGCUAGAUUGUUGAACGACUGCUUGUGUCAUUUGCUGUGCGUGUCUUUGCUAAUUCACGUGUACAUCAUAUGCGUAGAAAUGCACCAGGGCGUCGUGUAAGGAUUUUUAUUGUGUGCCUAGUAUUAACUAUUAAGUCAAUGCAUAUACGUAUAUAUAUUA